CAGAAACCGCCCAAACGAAACAAUGAGCACCAACACACCCAGCGAGGACCUGCGCGAUGCCGUGUGCGAUGGCGCGACAGCGCAAAUCGUGGAGUUGAUUGCAAGCGGAGCAGAUGUCAACUUUAUCGACGAGGACUCAGGCUGGGCGCUCGUCCUGUGGGCUGUGAAAGCUAACCAAGUGGCGGCACUGGACCUCCUCCUACGUCAUGGCGCCAACGUCAACGUCUGCGACUCGUCCGGCAACACGGCGUUGCACAAGGCUGCUUACUUAGGGUAUGGCAAGUGCGUGAGUCUCCUCUUACGGCAUGGCGCAGCGGUCACAAGUCUCAACAAAAUGCAACAGACACCACUAGAUCUUGCCACGCUCUUCGACAAGCCAGAUAUGGCUACCUUGCUAUCCCAGCCUUCAACUGCGUCAUCAACUUAAUCAAGACUCAACUCGAAUCGAUACAGUCUUAAUUUGUGAAUGUGACCGUAAUUUAUGUCACUUCUAUCCAUAUCCCGCCCGGUUCGUCGGCUAAACCACUCGAAAUUAGGUGGCCCUGCCGGGUGACGCCCAGAUCCAGGGCGGCACGGCAAGAAGCGGCAUGUGCAUGACCUAAACUCAUGCUCAAUCCCGUUGAAUAUUGUUUAGCCAUUGCUCGUCCAAACACCAGCGGUCAAUGGCACUUGGUGGUAAGGCACUUCGUGAGUUGAAUCAGGACACAGUCACGUGAAACUGCGUACGGAGGAGGUGCAGUGCAAAGAUAGCUUUGGCAUGCGACGGGUCGGUGGCCAAGACGGACGUAAACUGUGCAAACGUCAUUGCCACUGCGGUAAAACGAGGAAGAAGGUGGUGACGUACGAGGGACGCGGCCACAUCUGGGCGGCCCAAGUGCCAGUGCGCCAACCCCGCGUUGUACAUGGCUUUCGGGUGGUGCGGGUGCAUCGCAUUGGCCAGCUCAAACGCUUCCAACGCCUUGUCGUACUGGCCCUGGCUGAGAUACGUCGCUCCAACGUUUACCACGACCGACGCAAACGAUCCACCUACUCGAAUUAUCAGUUCCACACGGAAUUUGCUGGAAAUCCUCGA